AGAAGAUGAAUCCUUGCAGUCACGAAAGCUUUAAAUCGAGAACAAACACCAUCACCACGGGCGGCCUUACCGCGCAAUGCUGGCUGUACGGUUCUGUAAUGACAUCUCUCUUGCUGCAGCUGGCUGCCAGUCCAACCCAUGUCUCAACGGAGGGACUUGCGACGAUGGGUUGUACUACCCCAACUACUGGUGCGCUUGCAUCCCGCCAUGGUCGGGCAGCAACUGCGACUACUAUGUUCCUACACCUUCCCCUGCUGGCUGCCAGUCCAACCCAUGUCUCAACGGAGGGACUUGUGACGAUGGGUUGUACUACCCCAACUACUGGUGCGCUUGCAUCCCGCCAUGGUCGGGCAGCAACUGCGACUACUAUGUUACUACACCUUCCCCUGGUGAGCAGAACAUAUCUACUAUUGCCCGGCCUCACCCUCACUCUGUUAGACUUGUAUGCUUUCCAUUGAUUUCUUUGUAAUCUGUUAGAAUCGCACUUUUCUGAUGAAAUACACCUCU